GUUGGACAAAUAACCAACAAGGUAUCCAGCAAGUGUCACAAGGAUGAGGACUUCUGCAACACACUGUGAAACUCUGAUGUAUGUCACCUCUGAUAAGAGAGUUCAAAUGCUUCUCUUCCUCGCGGUCCUCGUGCACCUGGCCUGUGAUGCUGAGGGCGCAACCACUUGCUGCACGCGAAAACAUCGACCCUGCAGCCUCUACGAGUUGCUGUGCCGACGGGUAGACGGUAACGGCACAGUGCAAGGCGUGCGCUUCCCAGGUAACGCAGCUGCGGGAAUUUUGACGCUUGGAAAACGAAGGACAGGUGAGCGUCGCCUUCAAAAUCGACUACAACAACUCCUGCAUGGCUCGCGGAACCAGGCGGCCGGAAUACUGACCAUGGGGAAACGAUUGGAAAGCAGUGAAAGCGACGGAAUCCUUCAGGAAAUGCAUGACACCUCUACGACUGACUCGGAGCAACUUAGAAUUUCGACUCAACCAAGAAUAAUGAGGUUGUAAUGUGACAGUUAUCAUGCACGUUAAUAUUGUGUUAAUUAAUUGUGUAGACGAGUAUUAAACGACCUGAAUGAAUUAUGAUGUAAUCUAAUCGAAUCAGAUAAUGAAUAUAGGCUGAUGUUUUCAUUAUCGUCUACAUUUAUGUUGAAAUGAGCAUCAUCCCAACUACUUGUAUGGUGAAGUUAUGGCCACUAGAUGGCAGAUUUGUGUACAUUUUUGUACAUAAAUCAUGCCUCAUGUUUAACAUAACUAAUGUAAAAAAGUUAAUAUAGCGCACCAAACAGGUGAAUAAACUAAACGUUUCUGAGCUGAAAAUC